CAUAUAAGGGCAGAUCCAAUACUGGCGAGUCAAUGAGUUUUGGCCUGUGAGUGGAAAGGAGGAGAGGAAGGCAAAAUGGUUUGCAGAGGGGCCCCUAAACACCUCAUAUUGCUUGUGUGGAUGUGGGCUUUUCUUGGUAUGUCUACACUCUCAGCAUGUACUGAAGAGAGGCCAAUCCUUGUGAACUUUGGUGAUUCAAAUUCGGAUACUGGAGGGGUGCUAGCUGGUACCGGGCUACCCAUUGGCCUCCCCCAUGGGAUCACAUUUUUCCACAGAGGCACUGGCCGAUUAGGGGAUGGCCGCCUUAUAAUCGACUUCUUCUGUGAACACCUGAACUUGAGUUAUUUGAGCCCAUAUUUGGACUCACUGGCACCAAAUUUCUCAAGUGGAGUGAACUUUGCAGUAAGUGGGGCAACAACACUCCCCCAGUUUGUCCCCUUUGCUCUGGAUGUUCAAAUUCGUCAAUUUAUCCGCUUCAAAAAUCGCUCCCAGGAACUCAUAUCACAGGGUUCCAGAAAUUUGAUCGAUGUAAAAGGGUUUCAUGAUGCAAUUUACAUGAUUGACAUUGGGCAGAAUGAUCUGUUACUGGCCUUGUAUGCAUCAAAUUUAACUUAUCCUCCAGUGCUGGAAAAAAUCCCGUCUUUUCUGGCAGAAAUCAAAUUAGCCAUUCAAAAUCUGUACCAGUUUGGGGCAAGAAAAUUCUGGAUACAUAAUACUGGACCAUUGGGUUGUGCCCCUAAGGAACUUGCCCUGCAUCCCCAUACUAACAGUGACCUUGAUCGAAUUGGGUGCCUUAAAGUCCAUAACAAAGUUGCAAAAGCCUUUAAUAAAGGACUACGUGUUAUCUGUGAAGAAAUGAGAUUGAUGUAUAAGGAUGCAACCAUUGUGUAUGUAGAUAUAUAUGCAAUCAAGUACGAUCUCUUUGACAAGUAUAAGAAAUAUGGUUUUGAAGCUCCAUUUAUGGCUUGUUGUGGAUAUGGAGGGCCUCCAAACAAUUACGAUAGAAAAGCAACAUGCGGCCAGCCUGGUUACAGCAUCUGCAAGAAUGCAUCCAGCUCCAUAGUUUGGGAUGGAGUUCACUACACCGAGGCUGCUAAUCAGGUGUCCACAGCUAGAAUUCUGUCUGGGCACUAUUCUACACCUCGAGUAAAGCUUGACCAACUCUGGCUGGCUUCUUUAUGAGCAAGGCCAAUGUAAGAAGGCAGUAUUGGUAUGCCUACUUUUAUCAAAGUGAUGUUACUAUACAAAAUUUUCAAGUGAAUUUCAAUUCCCUAACCUUAGAGAAUUUUUCAUGGUAUAUUCUAGA